GUUCACCUGCAACAAAUACCAUAUUCAAAUGGAAUAAUUCGAGGACCAAGUCUGGACACCACGAAUGGAAGACGGUACAUUAGAAGGUAUCCAAGAGAAUAAGAUAAAAAGAAAAUUGACCGAAGCUGGCAACCGCACAUCACGAAUGAUGCCGGUUUCUCGCCAGCGUUAUGAAUGCGGCAUUUGCCACCAGGCAUACUCGACGAGCAGUCACCUGCGAAGACACCAAGCAAAGCAUGCAUCGAGAGAGCAUUUCAUCUGCCAGUUUUGCGAAGAAAGUUAUAUGCGACGGGACGUUCUUCGUCGUCACUAUCAGUCCUGUAAGGAUAAGGGCAGCAAGCCAACUCCAUCUGAAGGGAAGCGCGGUAGAAAGCGGAAAGCUUGCGAUGCAUGUGUCGAGAGCCGUACCCAGUGCGAUGGAGAGCUUCCAUGCGAGACAUGCCUUCAUAGGGGAUUCAACUGCUCACUUAGCCACAUAGGAGAGCAGGAUUGGAAACCUAGAGGUAACCGAGACGCACAUAAAAAAGCAGAGGAUACGAGCAUCAACAAAAUCCCAGUUGAGUUCCUUCUAAAUUAUACAGAUCCAGCAAGCAAGACAUUAUAUGACGUUCAACGGAUACUCGCGGGGGGCGAUAAAAGCCUAGGAGAGCACGCAUUCUCUGAGGAAUAUCAAACGCCAAAUUCCGAUGGAUCAACAGAGCAGUGGAUGGGGCUAUUUCAACUCUUUAUUAACACAUCCGUGUUUGAUAAGUCCGACCACGAUCAGUGCCUUAUGUAUGGGCUGGACGACACCAAAGAGCUGGGCGCCACAGCCUCGAGAAUUAUAGGGCUGCUGAAGCACAGUCCUGAAUCGCAGUUCAACAGCAAACGGCACCCUAUCAUCGAAGAAGCUGGGUGCUUCUUCUCACCAAAUAAUCUCACUGCUUUUGUCAAUGCAUUCUUUGAACAUUCAUACAAAAGCACACGUUUCAUUCAUAAAGCAUCAUUCAAUGUUCAUACUAGCUCACCCCAGCUGCUACUGGCUAUUGCUUUGAUGGGUGCGACAUGUAUCUCACCGCAGGAUGCAUCUUCCGCAGCAGUGUACUCUAAUGUAGCUGAGUAUCUCAUUUUCGAAGGACAUGAUUUCGGACAGGUUUUGAAUACGGACAACCCAUCUCUAACCAAGACGAAUAUGGAAAUUCUCCAGGCAGCAAUGCUGGUAACCGUCAUCCAGGGGUGGAAAGACGAUAUAUACAUCAAAAGGCGGAUUCGAACUCAGCGGUUUCCGGCUCUGGUUUGCGCUACACGGGCACUACGACUGACGCAAGCUACUAAUGACGCUGUCAGCGACACAAAGCCCCUUGAGUGGGACAAGUAUUUUCAGAGAGAGAGCCUGGUGAGGGCCAUGGCUUGGCUUUACCUUAUGGACUCACAUUUGGUAGUCUACUAUCGCAACCCGCCACAAUUUAAAAUUGCUGAAGCUUCUUUUGGCUUGCCACAAGAUGAGGAACUUUACGAUUCAAUGGAACCAUCUGCAUGGGUGAAAUUGGUGCGAAAUGCGACCAAUCACGGGCUCACCCUGACCUUGAAGUCCGUUAUCCAACGGUUGAUGAAGACAGACAAUGGGCAAUUUGAGGAACUGCUUUCCCAGCCAUGCACAUUAUUUGGUCUGUUUUUAGUUCUAGGGAGUCUCCAUUGUGUACUGUUCGAGUUGCAGGCAUUGAGCACCUGUGUUGAACUAUCCGGACCCUUUGCCUCUCUUGAUGUUGCUCUAGAUCGAUGGAAGCAAAUGUGGGACCUAGCAUAUACGACAGUCAAACCUGAUGACAUUAGUCAGUCGGGGUUCAUGGUACACGCUCUGGAGCUCUGGUGGCUUGCAAAGAAACUUAUCCACAAGCCAACUGGGAUAUGUCCAGAGAGUGAGUUUGCCGCGGACUCCAUGAGCACGUUUCACCAGAUGAUCAAGAACUUAAAGGGCUUUCAUUCCGUACAAUGAGAAGCUUCAUAUCGAUCAUUGGUCCCCGUUUACCAUUAAUAAACUCUUUGCUUCCCGUUAACGAUACCAAGAACCCACAAAUAAUGGAACAGCAAGAACAACAAAGAGGAUGGCAUAUCCCUUGACGGGCGACGCCGACUUUUGAAUGCUCUGUAUAACAAUAGUCUAUUUAAAUACA